AUGGAAUUGAAAGUGAGCGUUGACGGAAUUGAACGAAGUGUUUCCGGAGUCUCAAGCGAAACCACUUGUGCUCAAAUCAUCUAUGCGCUCGCACACGCGAUCAGCCAAAAAGGUCGAUUUGUAAUGAUUGAGAAAUUUCGAAACAAGGAACGUCGUCUCUCCCCAGUCGAUAAACCACUUGAAUUGCUGGAAAAGUGGCGUGAACAUAUGUCAAACGUGACGUUUGUUUUGAAAAAGAUUGAUGACGAAAACGAUAAUAGUGCAUUAUCAAGUACAACUCCAGAUAUUCCGAGCGGAUCCUCUUUGGUGACUGUUCAAAACGUAUCUAGCAGCAGUAUGCCAUCAGCGUUACCCUCAGCUUUGACGAACCAACAGCACAGAGUCCCACAGAAUACCAGUACGUCUUCUCUUCCUACUAUCCCACUUCGACCUAAGAAUCGCGGUCGACCACCCCCUCCUGACUAUAACAUGGUCAUGGAGCAAAAAUUCGCCGUUCUGGGUCGUAGUGCUCAAGCUAACUCGAAUGUGCCUGCACUUUCCGAGGAAGAAAUCUCCAUCGCUAAAAUGGGUCUUACCCAGAAUGAUCUUUUGGUUUUGAUUGAAAAACAAAGACAGACAAUCGAGAGACAACGGGAGAAUUUGCUGAACACGGAGCUUACGCUUCCUUCUGAGGCGGAUAGAGAAUUGCUUCAGCUGCAGCGCCAGCAGGAAAAUCUGAGAAAUAUCCUCGCUCCAAUGAGGGAAUCAAACUGGCCGCAGCAGUAUCAGAAACAGCUGAAGCAAUCGCAUAAGCUACGUGCGGCGAUUGAAGCUACGAAAGAAGCCAUAGACAAAACCAUCAGCGAUAUUGGUCGAGCACGACAACAGGAAGAGGAAUUGCAGCAAAAACUGAUAGAGUUGGAAACUUCUUUCUCGAAUCCACAACAAGGAGCUUCUCUGCCUGUAAAUUCAUCUUCCUCAAAAUUGAAAGCUUGCUAGUAUUUGCGCUGAAAAUGUCAAGUUCUGUUGCGCAAGCGAGCAUUUUCAAGAUCUUAAUGUGUGAUCUAAUUUAUUGAACAUGCAUAUUGUAUUGCUGAUGAAUAGAUAUAUCCUGUUGUGCUGAGUAGCCUACUUAAACUACCUUUCAAAAAUUCACUAUAGUCUAAGCUUUAUUUACUGUGUCAAGAUUUCUCCUCAGAUUUACGUGGUUUGUUCACUUGUUCUCUCACUUUUCGUGCGUUGUUGGCAAUACCUCGAACCUUGAGGUAUACUGAAUUGCUAUCCUUUUGUACCAUAUAAUGAUGCCAUCAGCGUCUGGGUUUGUAAAAGUGUAUUUAUUCGAGUUUUUUGCUCAUUGUUGAUCUAUGCAUGU